GAGGGUAUGAAAUGUUCUUGUUGUCUCAUGUGCAGCCAAGCGUGCUUUUCAAGGUAAAUAUUCUUUUCCAAACAUGAAAUAGGGCUUUGCUGUUUGCCCAGAAGUAAAGGAGCGGAAAAGUGAGGAGGAUCUGAACUGGUUUCCAUGUCAAACACUUCAAUUCACCAUAGAAACUCAGAUCUUAACGCGGAAACUUUAUUAAACUGCGAUGGUGGAUUGAUAAGGGCCGAAUUUCUAUCGGCCUCUUUUUAUUGUGGCCACCCGGCGGGCUGACAGAGGUAAAUUGCUCUUUUAAUUAAAGCAAUGCACCAGGGGAAAUUGCUGUCUGAAUAUUGUCUCAGAGAUGGGGCCAGUGACAGUUGCCUGGAAACUCCAAUCUGUUCACGCGCAUUUAUUCCAGAUCACAGUUAUGAGAUAAAGUUUAAUAAAAAUCUUUUCCUUCACCGCCAACGAAAUGAAAUCCAACCCUUUGUGAACAAGUGAACACAAUGAGGCAGGACAGCGGAGGAAAGCUCAUGUUCAACAUGUAUCUCCCAGAUCCAACAGAAAAUCUGUUGAAAGAAAGCAAAGGAACAUCUUGGGGUCCGAUCAAUACAGGAGUGCAAAAAGGCAGCGGACAGAUCCAGCUGUGGCAGUUCCUCCUGGAGCUACUCGCCGACAGCGCCAACAUGUCGUGCAUCGCGUGGGAAGGAACCAACGGCGAGUUCAAGCUGAUCGACCCGGACGAGGUGGCCCGACGCUGGGGGGAGCGUAAAAGCAAACCCAACAUGAACUACGACAAGCUGAGCCGCGCGCUGCGCUAUUACUACGACAAGAACAUCAUGACCAAAGUGCACGGCAAGCGUUACGCAUACAAGUUCGAUUUCCACGGCUUGGCGCAGGUGUGCCAGCCGUCCACCACGGAGCAGGCCAUCUACAAGUUCCAGGGGAACUUCUCACCGAUCCCCUUCUCCGGGAUCUCCAAGUUGAACCUCGUGGCUCCCGGCGUGGGCCCUUCGAGUUUCUCGUACUGGCCUGGUUCGCCGUCGGCCGCCUUGUACCACAGCCACAACCUGCAGCCUCCAGGGCCCUUCGGCACCGUGUCUCCAUCUCACAUCAGCUGUGUCAACAACAUCAACAGUCUGACUAACAUCAGCAACCACUACAACUGACUCUGAGCGCAUGUCUCAAAAGCCACAAACGGAAAUAAACGGACAGUGUGCCAAAUUACGCGUUGUUUUACGCACGACAGCUAAAUCAUUUUAACGCACACGAAACACAAAAGUUG